AUAGUAAAUAUCAAACCAAAAACUUGCCUUGGUGGGCAAGGCAAUUUCUCUGUAUUAUGGAGGUGGAGAAGAUGGAACAUCAUCAAUCAAUCUCAGCUUUUUGCUUAAAGAACAUUCAUGUCUCUGUUUCUCAGCCGGCUCCGACUUGGAGUGAGAAGAUCCUCCUCUGUUUCUCUUCUUAUCUCUAACGCAUUCUCAACUUCCUUGCGGCAAACCCCUCCUUAUUCCAUCCUCGGCGCUACACCUUGUGGACAGGAUUUCGGGAGACUCAUUGUUCACUAUGCUAAUCUACGCUCAUGGAUUCAUCUGGACAAGAGGGUACCUAUGAACUUGGUGGAUCCUCACAUUCAUGAUGAUAAAAAAACGCAAACGAUCGGGGCAUCAUAUGGGUGGAUAGCUACUCUAAAGGACGACGGCAUCCUUCGUCUCCAAGACGAUUUUAACCCUGUUGCAUCUGAUAUAUAUCCCAUUCGUAUCCAGCUGCCUCCUCUUGUAACUCUACCACACUGCCAAACCAAAAUCAUCACCAAUGUGUCAAUGUCAUCAUCUUCUCCAGAGGAUGAUGAGGACUGUGUCGUGGCUGUCAAGUUCUUGGGACCUCAGCUCAGCUUUUGCAAACCAGCCGGUAAGAGUAGUAAACCAGAGUGGACCAACAUCAAGAUCGAAAACCCCUGCUUCUGCUCCUCCCGUGUCAUGUUCUCCAAGAAACACAACAUGUUUCGUAUGCCCGGAUCUGGAGGCAACCUCAUCGGGUCAUGGGACCUCUGCAAUCCCAGCGAUGACCCUAUGCUUCAGCGCGUGCGUUUUACAAACAUUCCCAAGCUGACCAACGCUGAACAGAACCUUCUGGAUUCGUGCCGCAAGAGCGAGCACUUGGUGGAGUCACGACCCACUGGUGAGACAUUCUUGGUUAAGCAGUACAAGAAGACAGCCAAGAACAAGGAAGGUGUUGCCAUAAUGAAAACAAAAUGUUUAAUGGUGUUCAAGCUAGACGAUGAAGGAAACGCGGUCUACACUCAAGACAUCGGAGAUCUGACCAUGUUCCUCUCAAUGUCCGAACCUUUCUGUGUUCCUUCUAUCUCCUUUCCUGGUUUGGCUCGUAACUACAUUCGCAUCUUCGAUGUUGAUGAAAUCGGAUGUGUUAAUGUAGCUAACAUCCCCUUCUUCAUCACUAGUACAGAUGUUUCAUAUUCUACCCCUUAUUGGUUUCCACCACAAGAUUAUUGACAACUAGCUUUGUAAUGUUCUCUGUAAGAUUGUUAUGUGCGUCUCUUUGGAGAAAAUUUCUGCUAUACAGAGAUGAAUUAUGUUUGAACUAUAUCCAAUUGUUACCUGCACCUUUGAAUAUAGUUUGAUAAU